GAGGCCGCGCUGGCGGCGGUGUGAUCCGCGCUCGACGGAGACGGGGCCAAAAGGGGAAGCUGUGGCGGCCCCCGCUAGUGACAGCCUCACCUGGGCCUGCCUCCCCCCGCCCGCCUCACAGCAUGGCUGCCAUGGGAGAACAGAGCAAGUUUCCCCAAGUGCUGAAUGGAACUCCUGCUUCAAGCACUGUCAGUGGUGGGAUGGAUCCCUUCCAUGCCUGUAGCAUUCUCCAGCAGCUUAAAACAAUGUAUGAUGAAGGUCAGCUGACAGAUAUUGUGGUGGAAGUGGAUCAUGGAAAAACUUUUUCCUGUCAUCGGAAUGUUCUUGCUGCAAUCAGCCCUUACUUCAGAUCAAUGUUCACUAGUGGCCUUACUGAGAGUACCCAGAAAGAAGUACGGAUUGUUGGUGUUGAAGAAGAGUCCAUGCAUUUAGUACUGAACUAUGCAUAUACCUCCAGAGUAACACUGACAGAGGCCAAUGUCCAAGCUUUGUUCACUGCAGCUAGUAUAUUCCAGAUUCCUUCUAUCCAGGACCAAUGUGCUAAAUACAUGAUCAGUCAUUUGGACCCCCAGAACUCCAUUGGAGUGUUUAUUUUUGCUGAUCACUAUGGACAUCAGGAAUUGAAAGUUAGAUCACAAGAUUACAUUCGUAAAAAGUUCCUGAGUGUCACCAAAGAACAAGAAUUUCUCCAGCUGAGAAAAGACCAACUCGUAAGCAUAUUGGACAGCAACGAUUUAAACGUUGACAAAGAAGAACAUGUCUAUGAAAGCAUUAUAAGAUGGUUUGAACAUGAGCCCAACAAACGAGAAGCCCAUUUGCCAGAAAUAUUUGCCAAAUGCAUCCGCAUGCCCCUCUUGGACGCAGCAUUUGUAGAGAAAAUCCCUCCCAUGUUUGCACAGGCUAUAGCCCAAAACUCUGUACAGAAAGGACAAAAUAGUGCCAAUGGCUAUACCCAGAGGCUUGGAAUGACUGCUUCUGAGAUGAUCAUCUGCUUUGAUGCUGCCCAUAAACACUCAGGAAAGAAGCAAACAGUGCCUUGUUUAGAUUCCGUCACAGGGAGAGUGUUCAAGCUAUGCAAACCACCCAAUGAUUUGCGGGAGGUGGGGAUUCUUGUUUCUCCUGACAAUGACAUUUACAUUGCUGGGGGGUACAGACCAAGCAGCAGUGAGGUCUCCAUAGACCACAGAGCAGAGAGUGACUUUUGGAUGUACGAUCAUUCGGGCAAUAGAUGGAUCCCUAAGGCCCCACUGCUACGUGCCAGGAUAGGCUGCAAACUGGUUCACUGCUGUGGUAAACUCUACGCAAUCGGUGGUCGAGUUUAUGAAGGAGAUGGGCGUAACUCGCUGAAAUCUGUGGAGUGCUAUGACAGCCGAGAGAACUGUUGGACAGCUGUGUCUGCAAUGCCUGUAGCAAUGGAAUUUCAUAAUGCAGUGGAAUAUAAAGACAAUAUCUAUGUUUUACAGGGAGAAUUUUUCCUUUGCUAUGAUCCUCGAAAAGAUUAUUGGGGCUUCUUAACUCCCAUGACUGUGCCUAGGAUCCAGGGUUUGGCAGCUAUCUACAACAACUCCAUCUACUACAUUGCUGGAACCUGUGGAAACCAUCAGCGUAUGUUUACCGUAGAGGCCUAUGACAUUGAAUUGAAUAAGUGGACUCGAAAGAGAGACUUCCCGUGCGACCAGUCCAUUAAUCCAUACAUUAAACUUGUCAUCCUCAAAAAUAAACUCCAUUUGUUUGUCCGAGCAACUCAAGUCACUGUUGAAGAACAUGUCUUCAGAACCAGCAGGAAGAAUUCUCUCUAUCAGUACGAUGAAGUUAAUGACCAGUGGCAGAAGGUGUAUGAGACUCCAGAUAAGCUCUGGGAUCUUGGACGUCAUUUUGAAUGUGCUGUUGCUAAAUUAUAUCCACAGUGUCUUCAGAAAGUUAUUUGAUUUCCUCACCCUCCAUUUCCAUUGGUAAAAUGCCUUAGUAACUUUGGUAUUUAAUGAUAGCAGAAAAAUCUGUUUUUAAAAGAAAAAACAAUCCAAAAAACCAAUCCAAUUCUGUCAGUAUUUAAUGUGAGCUGAAAUUGAUGGCUUUUUUUACAUGGGGAUGGGUGCUCUUUAAAGAUUGCAGUGGGGAGAAGGGAAUUAGUGGUUUAGUUUCCUAAUGGAUGCUUUCCUGCAGAGUAAGGAGUGGGUUACAAAGUGCAAUUAUCAGCAUUUUCUCUGCUAGUCAUUUGAUCAUGUUCUAGAGUGACAGUUCGACUAAAAGCAAGAGUAGAUGGAUUGGGGUAACUAUGCACUACUGUGAAAGCAAACCUAAUGUUAAUAGCUAAAGUGAAGAGAACAAGUUUGAAGUAACUUCUUAUUUAAAAUACGGGUAAAAUCUGAGGCAAUAUCAGUAGUUUGCUAUUUUAAAUUCAGUGACACUAAGUAGGCAAAUACCCAGUCUUUAUACCUCUUCCGUGUGUAUAAAGGUACUGAAACAUUUAUUGUAUUUAUGCAUUGUGUUAGCUUUUGGAGAAAUGAGCUUGCAACAGUACACAAGCUACCAUUUUUUUAAAAAAGGUGUGUGUCAGGUGGCUGCGUUGCUUCCCUUCUGUGGGUUUAGUUUUUGUGUGGGGUUUCUUAAUCUUCCAGUGGCAUAAAAUACAGCCAUCUUCUGCCAAUUAAAUACGAAGCUUCAAAUGCAGUUGAACUUGCUGGUCACCCCAUGAAGGGCUUAAACCCAAUGGUGCUAGUACAUUUUUAAUACUUGUAAGUCUGAAAUGGGUCAACUUAGACUGCCAACUUUAUGGUAGUCAAUUAGUAUUACUGUGUCUAGUCUUAAGCAUGUACCUUGCUGCUUUGUGUGUGAACCUCCAUUUUGAACUUCUUGUGGAGUUAGCUUUUAUGUAGGAUAGGUUAAGUAGUCUUAGUGGCUGUUGCUUUGGGGGAGUCUUUCCAUCUGUUAGAAGGCUAAGCGCUAAAUGCACUUUUUUGUCCAUCUUGUGAGAAGUUCGACAGUGUAGUGCUGAAUGCUGUUGGACAGCCAAAACAGGCUGGCCAAGUGGGAUUUGACUGAGGGCUUGGGGGUGGGUACUAGACAACUUAGAAGACUUUGAGUUCCUCAUUGUUGCUGUUCUUGGCAUGUAUUUCAUUUGCAGUGGCUGAAUCGUCAUGAAACAAUAUUUGCCUCCAAUCAACCUAAUAUGGAAGCAGUUCUGGAUAUCUGCCAGUGCCCUCAAUCCUUCUGUCCAUUGCCUGGCAUCCUGCCUUCCAGUUGUUUGUGGAGUAAUGUGAAAGUUUGCACUACUGAGCUUUCUUGGUGAUCCAAUAGCCACUUUUAGAAGUCUGCAAUUAAAAAUAAUUUUUGGUUUAGAAUAAAAAUCCAUUUUCUCUGUGGCUAUUAUAUAUCUGAAGUGAUGGAAUGAGAAUUUAAGAUCUCUUUAAAUCUCCAAGUAGUUUUAGCAUGACAGAUCAAAUUGAACAUCAGGGUUAAAGGUAGAUCUCCUAUUAGUGGUUCUUUGCUAGGGGUAACAAGUUACGGAGCACAGUUGUUGAAGAAUGAAGCAUAUCCUGCGCUCAUUAGUUCAGUUUGCUGGCCAUGUUCUCAAGGAUGGAUAUUACUUUUAAUUGAUAAUUUAGUCACUCAAACCUUGGUUAAAAAGAUUAAAUCUUGAAUAAUGGUGGGUCAAUAAAUUUUCAGCUUCUGAUCCCCCAGUCAGCUUUUCUUUUGUGUAAAUAUGAAUCUACUUGACUUUAAAUCUUGCACAAUAUAUUGAACACACAACUGUGAAAUUAUGAAAAGCAUAGAAAAGUCUCUUUCUAUUACAUACCUCAUCUUCCAGAGAUUCAGAGAAUAGCUCUUUGUCUUGAGCUUCUUCAGAUAGCUGGAGGUACAGCUAUCUGAAGUUGUCCUAGCUACAGCUAGGUACAGCUUACUGAAGCUACCUUAGGUUUCUGUUUUGGUCCCUUAGGAGUGGCACACUUCCCCUCAGUGGCAUGUAUCCAACCAUGCAUUUCCUCUGACAGAACAGAUGGCAAUUUCUGCCUCUUCCACUCUCCUGCUGCAGACUCUUACAUUGUCCUUCCCCCACUGAUCCUGAGGGUCUAGUAACACUCAGCAACAUUUUUGGGGCCUCAGUGGGUUGCAGCUAGUGGAGGGGGAGUGAGAAAGUCCUGUUCCCUGAAGUCCAUGGGUACUUGGAUAUGUGGCAGUGUCUCUUAAGAGCACAGGUGAAAGGCAAGUAAUGUGUUCAACCCUUGCUUCAGAAGUGCUUGUGAAGAGGAGGUGAAUCAAAAUUGCACAGUCAACAUGCUUCCUUGGAUGAGAGUUCUGGUACUUUUGAACCAGAGGUUAAGGUUUUGACAUCUUAAGUAUAGUUGUUGAGACUAAACUUUAAAUGAUAUUAAGUUCUGAUUUCUUAGCCUUUCUUGAGGAUGCUGUUAAAAGGUAUAUCCAGUUGCUUUCAUGUGUUAACUUUAUUUCUUACUCCUUUUGUGGCUGUACUAGCUCUCGUAAGACUCUUAGCUGCAAACUUUCUGAAGCACCCUUCCUUACAAUGUCGCAUUAGAUUUUUUUUGCAAAAAGUGUUAUGUACCUUUCAAAAAGUUCAGUUGAAAAUUUUUACAGAACUUAUUGCUGCUUUUUGACAAUCUUCUCUAUUUAUUUAGUAGAAAUGUCAAUCUGACUUGAAUUUAAGAAAUUAGUUUAUUAGCAAAUGACCCUGUCACGUGAUGUACCGAAGUACAAUAUGCGGUAGGUAUUUCUGCAGUAGGUUGUUCUUAACUUUCAUUUUUAAAAAUCUGCACUAAACAAAGAUUUUUUUGUCUAACCAUUUACACUGGGGGGAGGUGGCGGGGAGGUAUGACUGUAACAUGCUUGAAAGCUAACUCUCAAAACUUUUGCCAUGGUGGGGUGGAAAUACACUGAGUCUUAUGCAUGAGUAAUUAUUUAAGCAGUAAUAUUAACCAAGAAUAUUUUAGUUCUUUACAUGCUUUUAAUUUAUCCAGUGAGAAUUUUUCCCAGUAUAAAUCUUGUUUUUUAGAAUCGUAUUUUUCAAAAGCAGCCCUGUACAGUGUGAGAACAGAUAAUGCAAGCCUGCUCCACAGUUACUGUAAUUGUGCUAACCUACACAGGGCCAAGUUUGAUUUUCCUCUUCCCAUUCUGCCCUUCUUACUUUGCCUAUCUUGUUGAGUCAUCUAUCUUCCAUUUUAAUGCAUUGUAGGGGGAGGGAGGUAAGGAAACACGGCUGGAAAAAGAUCCCAGUUCUUAAUUCCAGGUUUUGCUCCAUUUUGAAGACCCAGUUAGCUGAGCACUGCUUGUGCACGUGGUCCACAGUUUGCGCAAGCCUGAUGGAGCCUCCUAGUGAUGGUGCAGCAAUAGAGCCUAGUGGGUUGCUCCCCUAACCUACCAUCGCUGGUUGUGUUGUGUGUGCCAUGCAUGUGCUUUGCAUAAUAUCCAAGAGAACUCCCUGUGUUCUGAAAUCUAUUUAAAAAUGGCAUCAGAUGUUCAGUGCUCAGGUAUGUUAGUAAGAAGUACUGUAGUCCUCUGAGGGCAAAUGUGUGGAUUUUUAAACAUUUUGCCAUAAUUGCACAAUUUUGCAUUUUUACUUAAUGUCAUGUUAAUUUUCUUAUAAUAAACCUGUUCAGAUAUAGUUGA